AUGGACCUGAUAGCACCCACCAGGCACACUGACAACCUCAUGGAUCGCAUGGUGGCGGCCCUCAGGAGAGCAGAAGGACCAAACCAACGCGAUCCGUCCUCCAAGCACAAACCAACUGGACUAAGGUCCACAGAUAUGCGCAUACCGCUCCAGCCUCUGUAUCCAUCUAAUGGCAUCAUUGAUCCAUCAGUGCCACUCGGCGGCUCCCUUGAACUGUCUGACAGCCAGUCGCAAGCCUACUUUGGGCACCUGUUGCCCAGGAGAUCAAGGGAAGGUGCCCUGCUUGUGCGCAAGUGGCUCAGGGAAGCACACAGGAAGGAGUCCAUCGACACGCCCGUGCGCUCAAGGGCUGGACCAGUUCAGCAAGCAGAACUACAGGCAUUGGCACAAAAUCUGGCACAGCAGGCAGAGUGCGGUAUGAAGCAUCACCUGGCAGUCAGUUACGGAUUUGCAGCUGCUCAGACACUGUCACCUGAACAUGCCCAGAAAUGGGACAUGAUGUCAAGCAACGAGAACCAGAUCAUGCUUGCUUCAACGCCUGAAGAGAUUGUUGCCAUGUUUGUGGACCUCAUACGGAACACAACCAAAGACCAGGCUGUCCUGAAUCUGGACGACGUCAUGCAGCUCCUUGUGCUGGCAUACUCACUUGGCCUUGAAGGCAUGGGGGAGCUGCCACUGUUCAGCGGGGAGGAACAGCAGAUCAUGGAUGCCAUCACUGAUGCACUAGUCAACGGCAGCGCCCCCAUUCCUUCCUGGAUGGCAGACCUCUGUGCAAGUAUACGGGAGGUGAGAAGCUGA